AUGCUGACCCGUGAGUCAAGCACCUCUGUGUGGAGUAGAGAGCAGGAUAAGCAAUUUGAGAAAGCAUUAGCAACAUAUCCUGAGGAUUCUUCAGAUAGAUGGGAGAAAAUUACUGCUGAUAUUCCAGGAAAAUCUCUGGAAGAGGUUAAACAUCACUAUGAACUUUUGAUUGAUGAUGUCAGCCAGAUUGAGUCUGGCUGCAUACCUUUGCCUUGUUAUAAUUCUUCUUCAGAUGGUUCAACAAGAUAUGCUAUUGAUGAAGGAGCUGUUAAGAAAGGUGGGAAUUUUGGGCACUUAAAUGGCGAUUCUGGUCACGGAGGCAAGGCUUCAAGGUCAGAUCAGGAGCGGCGCAAGGGAAUUGCUUGGACAGAAGAUGAGCACAGAUUGUUUCUUCUUGGUUUGGAGAAAUAUGGAAAAGGUGAUUGGCGAAGCAUUUCCCGGAACUUUGUGGUGACGAGAACUCCAACUCAGGUGGCCAGCCAUGCGCAGAAGUAUUUCAUCCGUUUGAACUCUAUGAAUAAAGAUAGAAGGCGAUCAAGCAUUCAUGACAUAACUAGUGUCAACAGUGGAGAUGCUCAAGGUCCAAUCACUGGAGGUUCAUCCGGCCAAUCAAACAACCAACAUCCAGUUGUCCCCCCCGGAGUUGGCAUGUACGGGGCACCAACAAUUGGACAACCGAUAGGACCACCACUCGUUUCUGCUGUUGGCACUCCAGUGAAUCUUCCACCACCAGGGCACAUGGCUUAUGGUGUUCGAGCUCCAAUUCCCGGACCUAUGGUUCCUGGUGCCCCAAUGAACAUUGGCCUAGUAGUGGUCUUCGAACAAUCCAUGCCUCCGAUGACAGUUCCUCCGUCUUCAUAUAUAUCCAUAAAACCAACAACAAACUCAUCUCCACCCACAAACCCAAGAAGGUUCAUUUCCCAAAUUACCCAUUUUGGCUCAUCAAAUUCACCACAGUGGACAGCCACUGAAAUAGCAGAGGCUGUAAAUGGUAGAAUCAAUAAGUGGGGACCACCUGGUACAAUCUCGACUGAUACCAGGACUCUUCAACCGGGCCAAUGGUUCCUUCCCCUCGUUGGCCAAAACUAUGAUGCCCACAGUUUCAUAACCCCUGAGCUGUCCUACAAAGGUUGCGUUGGAGUCAUUAGCAACCAUGUCUGCAAAGACUGGGACAUGGGUUUUGUUCAAGUCGAUGGCAAUACUUUGAAUUCUUUAAAAAGAUUGGGUCAUUAUGCAAGGAACAGGAUAAAUGGUUGCUUGAUUGGGUUAACCGGGAGUGUGGGCAAGACCACCACAAGAACUAUGAUUGCAUUGGCUUUAGAAAGCAUAGGAACUGUUUAUCAGAGCCAUGGGAAUUGGAAUAAUGAAGUUGGGGUUUCAUUGACUCUCAUUGGGAUGCCGAGGAAUGUGGGGUUUGGGGUGUUAGAGUUGGGAAUGUGCAAGAAAGGAGAAAUAUUGGAGCUUGCUAGGAUGUGUAGGCCAAAUGUAAGGGUGAUUCUGAAUGUGGGUGCUUCACAUUUGGAGAAUUUCGCUAGUUUGGAGGAGGUUUCGAUGGCAAAGGGGGAGAUUUUGAGAGAUGCAAUGCCAGGGGACAUUUGUGUUUUGAAUGCUGAUGACCCUCUUGUCAUGAGUCUUCCUGUCCCCAUGGGUGUCAAGAAGGUAUUCUUUGGUCGGAGAAAGGGCUCUGAUGUUCGGUUAGUUUCAGCACAAAGUAUAGAUGGAGGUCACAAAGUGCAGGUUGUUUUAGAAAGGAAUAAAGAAGUGGUCAAAUUUGUGAUUCCAAGUCCAGGUUUGCAUUUGGCUCUGGAUGCAUGUGCAGCGGCUGCUGUUGCAACAUUCUUGGGAGUUCCUCUUGCUCUAUUCGGAAAAUCCUUCUCAACAUUUAUACCUGUUCAUGGGAGGUCAGAGCUUGAAAUUGCUGAUAAUGGUAUCAAAAUAGUAAAUGAUGCUUAUAAUGCAAGCCCAGAUAGCACAAGAAGUGCCAUCGAUUUACUAAGAGCAAUUGAGUGCAAAGGCAGAAAAGUUGCUAUACUUGGGGACAUGCUUGAACUUGGUCCAAAAGAGAUCAAGUUCCAUGAAUUGAUUUUACAGCAUUGCCUAGAUGCUCAAAUUGAUUUAGUGGCACUUGUUGGUAAACGGUUUUUGACAGCAGCUGAGAAUUUGAACAUUGGUCAGGAGAUGAAGUUUGUAUAUGCUUACGAUGCAGAUGAACUUGUUUCCAGAUUUGCUAGCAAAUUACAUUGGGAUGAUGUUGUUUUGGUUAAGGGUAGUCGUGGAAUGCAGAUGGAUAAAAUCAUUUCUGUUAUUAAGUCCUGUUUGUUAGUAUCCCAUCAAUAA